CUUCUCUGUCACUUAGAGGCUUUUGUUCGUCGUCGUCGUCUGUUUCGUUUUGGGUUCCAUUCAAGUAUCUAACGCCGGCGGCAGAGAACACACAAUUUUCUGUCUCAACCAUGAACAGGGUGCUUGCAAGGAAUCUUAGUAAAAAUGUCUGUGGGACAAGGGUUUUGCGGAGGACUUGUUCAACUGUUGUGACACAUGAAGUUUCUAGUUCUGGUUCUAAUGAGAGUAAUGCAAUAAGGAAUUCUACUGACGAUGGUCCACAACAUGACAUUGCUAUUGUUGGUGGUGGAAUGGUUGGAAUCGCUUUAGCUGCUUCUUUGGCAAGCAAGCCAUUGACAAAGCACUUGAAUGUUGCUAUUAUUGACAAUAAUCCUCUUUUGGGGAGAAAAAAUAUCAUAGAGAAAGGGCAUCCACCUGAUCCCAGAGUCAGUACAGUCACACCUGCAACAUUAUCCUUCCUCAAAGAUAUUGGUGCCUGGAAAUACAUUGAGGAACAGCGACAUGCGUAUUUUGAUAAGAUGCAGGUAUGGGACUAUACAGGACUUGGAUAUACAAGAUACAAUGCUAAUGAUGUACAUCAAGAUGUUUUGGGGUGUGUAGUGGAGAAUAAAGUUCUUCAGAGUUCUCAGCUAUCUUGUGUACAGGAAUCAGAUCUCCAGAAGACUGUUUACCCCGCAAGGUUAAACGCGAUGGAUAUGCUACCUAGCUCUUCGUUGACAGGUCUAGGUGAAGUACCAUCCUCAACAGACUUGUUCAUGCGAGGACGCCUUGCUAAGCUGGAGCUAAGCGAUGGAAAUCACGUCUAUGCAAAACUGGUGGUAGGCGCCGAUGGGUCUAAGUCGCGAGUGAGGGAGUUAGCAGGGAUCAAAACGACUGGAUGGAACUACUCACAAAACGCUAUAAUUUGUACUGUUGAGCAUACUGUUGAAAACUACACAGCAUGGCAACGGUUUUUACCCAAUGGCCCAAUCGCACUUCUUCCCAUUGGUGACAAGUUUAGCAACAUAGUAUGGACUAUGGACCCAAAAGAGGCAUCAGAUCGAAAAUUGAUGAACGAGGAUGACUUCAUCAAAGCUGUAAACGACGCUCUGGAUUCUGGAUAUGGUCCAAAUCCAGAGACUACAAGUUCACCGGAUAGUCUCUCUUGGCUUACAGGAGAUUCGACCAUAUCUGCCAAAGAGAGGUUUGAAACUCCUCCCAAGGUUGUGAAGCUUUCUUCAGAAAGAAUGAUGUUCCCUUUGUCUUUAAGGCACGCAAAAGACUAUGUGUCAAAGCGUGUGGCUCUUGUUGGUGACUCAGCUCAUACUGUUCACCCGUUGGCUGGUCAAGGAGUGAAUCUAGGAUUUGCAGAUGCAUGUGCUCUCUCCAAAGCUAUAUCAGAAGGCAUUGCUCUUGGUACCGAUAUAGGCGAGUCGAAUCUGCUCAAGCGAUAUGAAGCAGACAGAAAACCUGCAAAUAUAGCAAUGAUGGCGGUUUUAGACGGAAUCCAGAAGAUGUACUCGGUGAAUUUCGGCCCGCUGAAUGCUCUAAGAGCGGCUGCAUUCCACGGGGCUCACUACAUUUCGCCGCUUAAAAAGCGAAUCAUAUCUUAUGCUUCAGGAGAUCAAUCUUUGCCGCUGUUUUCUUGAAGAACACUAGGGAUUGAUUGCUUCGGUAUCAUCUCUUCUUUUGCCUUGUAGAAAUUUAAUGGUGACUGAAAACUGCUAUCGGAGCCCAUAUUUUAAAUAAGCCUGUUAUGUAAUGUAACCAUUGUAUUUAGAAUUUUAUGUUUUAGUCAAUAAAAUACUAAAAUCUUACAUUUUCUGAUAUCAA